UUGACAAAAUAAUCCUCUAUAUUAGUUGUUUUAUUCGUCCAUGUAGUAAACUGAGAGAUUUGCAUUGCGUAAUAGUUUAUAGAACAUUCUGGAUUAGUAUUGGAAUGGCAAAAUUAGGGGGCACCUGAAGACGCGCAUGCGCGUAACUGUUCUGGAUAUUUCUUCACGUGGUGCCAUUCCCCUUCAGUGUCAGAUCUCAGAUCCACGCGCUUUCUCUCUUUCUAGUCAAAGAAAACGGGGCUUAACAUCACAAGGACUCAGAGACUGCACAUACAACAAUGGCUUUCAGAAGGUUCCUCCCCAUGUUUGACCGGGUGCUUGUGGAGCGUGUGGCCGCUGAGACUGUGACCAAGGGGGGCAUCAUGCUGCCAGAGAAGGCCCAGGGCAAGGUUCUACAGGCCACCGUAUUGGCAGUGGGACCCGGCUCUGUCAACAAGGAUUUCUACAACUGGCCAGAUGAAUCGUUCGAGGAAAUGGACAGCACGCUGGCUGUACAACAGUAUAUUCAGCAGAACAUCCGGUCUGACUGUUCCAACAUUGAUAAGAUCCUGGAGCCACCAGAGGGACAGGAUGAAGGAGUGUGGAAGUAUGAGCACCUCAGGCAGUUCUGUCUAGAGCUGAAUGGACUUGCUGUCAAGCUCCAGAGUGAGUGCCACCCAGACACUUGCACCCAGAUGACAGCCACAGAACAAUGGAUCUUCCUUUGUGCUGCCCACAAGACCCCCAAAGAGUGUCCUGCGAUUGACUACACCAGGCACACGCUGGACGGAGCUGCCUGCCUUCUCAACAGCAACAAGUAUUUUCCCAGCCGGGUGAGCAUCAAAGAGUCAUCUGUGGCCAAGCUGGGUUCAGUGUGUCGCCGCAUAUACAGGAUAUUCUCCCAUGCCUACUUCCACCACCGCCAGAUAUUUGACAAGUAUGAGAACGAGACGUUCCUGUGCCAUCGGUUCACGCGCUUUGUGAUGAAGUAUAACUUGAUGUCAAAGGACAACCUCAUCGUUCCCAUCCUGGAGGAGGAAGUCCAGAACACCCCCACGGGAGAGAGCGAAGCCUGAGCGUGGCCAAGGCGGACGCGCACACACACUACAGACAUGAGCCCAGAACAGAAACAACCUCCUAGAUAGUGCUGCCCCUGCACUGGUGUUGAGCAUCAUUUAUCGUCAUAUCAACCCACAUUAUGGUAUAUGCCUCAUAGAACUUGCUCUGUGAUCCAAAGCUACAGUACAGUGGAGAUCUGAGAUAAUUGGACAAUCAGAGAUUUAAGGCAAGCUAACAGGACGUCUAUUCGAGGUCCGUGUGGUUCAGCUGCAGCUGCUUGGCAAGCUAGGCCUAUAUAGCUCAAUGUAGUGGGACUUAAAGCCAGUUUAGACCUUCCCUAUCCUUUCAGAUCUGCAAGUGGGUUGUUUCUGGACUGGGACAGGCUCUCACUACUCUGCAGGGGGACCUUGCUUUCAUGUUUUAAGCAGCUGGAUUUGCAAACCCAUGUAACCAUCGCAUGUGUCGUUGAGGCAAACACAUGGUUGGUUUCCCUGUACAUAACCCCUGCCACCCUCCUGCUUUCCUCUUCAUCUACCGACUAUCAUGUUCUUCUGGUGCUUCAGCUUUGCUUUUCCUCGAUCUUUUCUGGUUUCUGUUCUUUUCCAUGUUGAUCUCAGUAAACCUUUAUCCUCCUUUAUCCUAAGUUAUUGUGUGAGAGGAUUCUUGUCUUUCCAACCCACUGUAUUUUUUUAUUUUAAAUGAACACAUGUUUUGUUACUGUUGACAUGCAUUUUCACAAUGUCUUAAUAAAAAUGUAAAAAGACUGUU